AUGCGCAGCGAGCAGCACGAUAUAGGUCAAUAUAUGUCUAAGUCGGCCAAACGCGACAAUAAACAUGGCCAAGAUAAGAUUGUGAAAGAGAGAGUAUUGUGGUGCCGUAUGGAGAAUACAUAUGCCUUGCCAAACGUUCACAGCAGCACCAGCCUUGCAAUUCCUCCACAUACAGGUCAAAAGGUUGGUGCCCCGCUUUUCUGCCAGGUCCCUGUUUUCCCUCACUGGGAGACUGCGCCGGGGACUCUAGUCGAACCCCGGCCGCCUACGCCAAACGGUGACUUCCACCGCAUCUCCAACUGCUAA